UCAAAGCGCGCUGGUGCUGGAAAGAAACUCGGCGUCGUCGUCAGCAGUUGCAACGCGGGGCGGAGAGGCGGACCACGGCGAGGGAAAUCAGAUAUUAGGAAACUGGCACGGAAAUAGCGCCAGAGGAGACACUCACCUGUUAAACUACUGAAUUGUGAGUACUGAAAAUCCCCAUUCGACCGUUUAAAGGGAAAGUUACGGAGCGAGCUGAAACGGGAAGAAGGGUUUUGCCUGCUCGGCGCUGACGAGGCCUCCCCUCUCCGUGCCUGGAAUAUUCUGGAUCCCAGAAGGGUUUUUUUGUCAUCACCAUGAUCAGAUUCUUCAGGAGACUCUAGCAUUGCAAACUCUCACAAGGAGAGAAGAGGCUGGGCACGGAAUCCUGUGUAUCCCAAAUUCAAAGUUGGACAUAGCGAAGGACCCAAGAACCAUGUAGUGUACCUCUUUCCACCACAGGGGGGAGGGUUAACUUUGUAGUUCUUUUUUAUACAGUUUUUUUUUUUUUUUUUUUUUUUUUUGGCUGGGAGUUGGUCUACAAGGUGAGCCAGAAAUGGUCUUGCACACCUCUCCCUACCCUAGUGCCUUUCUCAGCUUUCUGAGCCGUCUGUCUUGGGCCUUUGUUUUCCCUUGCUACUGGCUGUUGGACCGGUUGUUGGCCUCCUGUGUAGCGACAUCACUAGAGAAGCGCAGACGCUCCCAAGAUCCCUGCUCUUUUUUGGCACUCGGGGUCCUGAUCUCUACACCACUCUACCUGGUGCUGUUACUGGCAUCCUUACCCUUUGCUUUCAUUGGCUUCCUCUUGUGGGCCCCACUUCAGACCGUCAGGAACCCCUACAUCUACUCUCACCAGAAACCAGACAAGCAUGGCGCCGAGCAGGGAACUUCGGCUGGAACCGGGGCGGCACUAGCCGAGUGGCGUCCGCAAGGUCGCAGCUUCUGCUUCGGCAGUGCCAAUGUUUGCCUGCUACCGGACUCCCUUGCACGCUUCAACAAUCUUGCGGACACUCAACGCCGAGCUCGGGAAGUGGGCAAGCGAAUCCGUAAUGGUGCCAGCAGACCCCAAAUUAAGAUAUACAUCGACUCGCCCACCAAUACGUCAAUUAGUGCAGCAUCCUUCUGCAGUUUGGCCACCCAGGGCUUCCGCCGCACCUCAUCUUUGGACCAUCGUCCUGAGCCUGUAGUCACCACUGAAACCGAGACUGAGGCCUUAACUGAGUGUCCUGUUCACCCCUCAGGAGGUACAAGCUCGGAUUGCCCCGUCCACAGCACCGGAGCCCAGAAUUCCUCGGAGUGUCCUCUCCACCCCAACGGGGAAGAGCAUGCUCCUGAUUGUGCCAUCCACCAGUUUGCAGAGUCCUCUGGUGAGUGUCCAGUACAUAGCAACAUCAACCAGAACUCAGAAGACUGUCCUCUCCAUCCGGCCGGAGUGCAAAUCAGCAUCACCUCUCCUGAUUCUGAGCCGAUCGAGGCUGAAAAAGGAAACCAUCAGACGGGAGACGGGGAUACAGGUAGCCUAGAAAGCCGUACGGCCUCACGGGAGUCCCUGGUUCGCUUCCACGCAGCCGAUGGAGGCAUCUCCCCCAACAACACCCUUUCACAACACCGCACCUCAGUCUUUAAAAGGCCUAUUGGGCGCAAGCGCCGUCACGGAGACGACGGCUUUGACCAUGAGAUCUCUGCCUUCUUCCCAGCCAACUUGGACUUCCUUUGUCUGCAGGAAGUCUUCGACCGGCGAGCUGCAGACAGGCUCAGGAGGCAGCUGCACCGCUAUUUUCCCUUUGUGCUAAGCGACGUAGGGCGCUAUGGCUGGAAAGGCUGUUGCUCCCGGUUCAAGUUCCUGAACAGCGGGCUACUGUUGGCCAGUCGCUACCCGAUUUUGGAUGCCCAUUAUGAAUGCUUCCCUAAUGGGCGCAGCGAGGAUGCUCUGGCUGCUAAAGGAGUUCUUUUUGCCAAGGUGCAGGUGGGAAGCUCUGCUCAGGAUCAACGUGUUGUUGGAUAUAUCGCCUGUACUCAUCUGCAUGCUAUUGAAGGUGAUUCAUCGGUGCGCUGCGAGCAGUUGGAUAUGCUGCUGGAGUGGGGUGCGGAGUUCAAGAGGGCCACCUCGGGUCCCACGGACGAGGAGAAGGUUCUGGAAGAUCAGGUGGCCUUCGAUGUCGUCCUCGGAGACCUCAACUUUGACAACUGCUCGUCAGAGGAUAAGCUGGAACAGCAGCAUGCCCUCUUCACUCAUUAUAAAGACCCCUGUCGUCUUGGUCCUGGAGAGGACAAACCAUGGGCCUUGGGUACGCUGCUGGACACGAGUGGUCUCUAUGAUGAGGAAGUCAGCUCACCAGAAAGCCUACAGAAGGUUAUGGAGAAUGAAGAGGGGAGAAAAGAGUACUUGGUGUUCCCUGCUAGUAAGAAUCAUUGUCCCAGCCAAAAGGGGCGCAAAAUCCCCCUUAAAGGCAACGGCAGGAGAAUCGAUUACAUCCUUUACAAAGAGGAAGGCCUGCAGCCAGACUGGAAAGUGGAUAUAGAGGAGUUCAGCUUCAUCACUCAACUUGCUGGAUUGACUGACCACCUCUCAGUGGCUGCAAGAUUGGUUGUGUCAACCGGAGAAGAGGAGACUUAGGACCCGGCCAUAAUUCAAAAAAAUCAAUGCCACGGAGAGAGAGGGGAGAGGCAAAGAGAGAGCGAGAGAAGUGAGUGAAAGGAAAAACAGCAGGAGGAGGCAUUCGUCAAGCUUCCCGACAGAUGAGAGCAGGGUGAUUGAGAGGCUUGGUAAGUCAUAAAAAACGAUGGAUGACAUAGAUGGAGAACACAGGCAAGAGAGGGGGGUGGCGAAGGAAAGGAGAAAACCACCAGUCAGCUCAAAGCAGCGUGAAGGUGUGUGAUUUUGUGGACACUGGUUCUCCAUCCACCCCUGGACUCUCUGUGUUUACAUCUGAACUGAAGAACAAAAUUAAAGAUUUACUCACCUUUGCACUUCUGAAGCUUCUCUGGGGCCCUUAAAGGGGCAGAGGCCAUUUUCUGGUGCCAUGACCCGGAUAUCCGAAAGAAGGCUGUUGCAUGGAAGAAUGCGUACAUUGACUCAUCCGGUCGUCCUGUCACACAAUAUGGACAAGGAUAUGUACGUCUGUGUGUUUAAAGUUAGUCCACCGCAAGAUCUAUCCCUCAGCGUUCUUCAAAAGACCUCAGCAAGUGUCUUUCUUUUCUAACGUCUUUCUAAGGUUUCUAUGGCCUCGUGCCAUCUUUUUAGGGAGUUUAUAUAUGAUACUGAUCAAGGUUGCAUUGUAUGGUCUCAUGUAACACUAAGUUAAACAAGAACUUGUUUCAUUGACCACUGGGAUACAGUGAUCAAGUCCUGAAGAAUGGCAGUGGCGCCAUCACUGCAAACUAUGGGAAAACUGAGCAAUUGGUGGGAUUUGUUCCCAAAGUAUUGGUAGAUGCAUGUUUGCCAGUGCACUGCCAUGUUUGUCAUGGCCUGCAUGUUUGACGUGAAUCCCGAGACGCAAUUAACACAGGCUAUUUUUCACACUCAAGCCCUUUCCCCUAACACUUUUCCUUCUUGCAGUAUUGCUGUGGCUCCAUCACAGGAGAAUGGUGUCGUAAAAGGCAUCGCAGUGUUCACUGUUUACAUUUUUGAGCCAAGAUUGUCGUCCCCUGCAAAUGUUUACACACUUAUCAGGCAACGGUACCCCCAAGAACUACCCCAGGUAGACCCACCGAAGCUCGCUCUUCAUGUGUUAACACAAUUGCUUUUAUACUCUCUAAAAUUCUCUUGUUAUAAGUUGUUAUUAUUGCUAUUAUUGUUAUUGUUAUCAUUAUUAUUAUGAUUACUAUGGUUCGUAGAUUUGACAUUAUGUGCUUUUUACAAAUGACUACAUUCCCCAUGAUGCAUUUAUCUGCUUUUUGCUGUGUUAGAGGUUUACAGCAAUAUAGUGUAGAGCUCCGCCCUGUUUUGACUGACAGUCUAUUUGGCCAGUCAGUAUGCCUGUAAACACCAUAUCAAUUGCUGUGUUCCUUUCAGUUCUGAAUGUGCAAGGGAACGCAACCAAAACACCAGAACCAAAAGACGUUCGGUUGUGUUAAUGGUUUUUGCAUGCGCAUUCCUCGUAGACGUGGAAAUAGAUACUAAAAUAACAACAGAAGGCGGUUCUUCCUCAUUGGGUUGAAAGGUUCUGAGCAUGGAUGUUACUCUUACGAGUAACAUAUGAGUGAUGCUUUUCAGUGCAAGCAUUGAAGUCUGAUUCCUGAACAAUUGACUCCUUUGAGUCAAUCCUUUUUGGUCAGUCAAAAACAGGUUCUGAGCAUGGAGAGUAACUCUUAACAAUCGGUUCUUUUUGACGAAUCAAUCAACAUAUAUGAGUAAUGCUUUUGAGUCAGUACUUUUUGGUAAAUCAAGAACAUACAGCACAAGUACUGAAGUCCAAUUCCUGGAUGAAUGACUCUUUUGAGUCGAUUCUUUUUGGUCAGUCAAAAACAGGUUCCGAGCAUUGAGAGUUACUAUUAAGAGUCGGUACUUUUUAGUGAAUCAACAACAUGUAUGAGUAAUUCUUUUAAAUCAAAUCUUUUUGGUGAAUCAACAACAUAAAGCGCAAGCACUGAAGUCUGAUUCCUGAAUGAUUGACUCUUUGGAGUCAAUUUUUUUUGGUCAAUCAAAAACGUAGGUCCUGAGCAAGGUUCUGAGCAUUGAGAAUAACUCUUAAGAGUCUGUUCUUUUUAGUGAAUCAACAACAUGUAUGAGUGAUGCUUUUGAAUCAUUUCUUUUUGGUGAAUCAAACAUACAGUGAAUCUUUUGAGAAACAUCAGUGUGAUCAGGGAUGUCCAAUUCCCGAACAAAUGACUAUUUUGGUAAAUCAUAAAAAUACAGCACAACCAAGGAAGACCGGCUGCUGGAUGAAUUACUCUUUUGAGUUGAUUCUUUUUGGUGAAUCAAAACAUAUAUUGCACCCAGUGAAAUCUGGUUCCCUAAAUGAAUGACUAUUUUGAGUAGAUUUGUUUUGGUGAAUCAGAAGCAUACAGUGCGAUCAGGGAUGUCCAGUUCCCAAAUGAAUGACCAUUCUGAGUUGAUUCUUUUUGGUGAAUCAUAAAAAUACAGUGCAACCAGGUAAGACCGGUUCCUGGAUGAAUGAUCCUUUUGAGUAGAUUUGUUUUGGAGAAUCAGAAACAUACAGUGCGAUCAGGGAUGUCCAAUUCCCAAAUGAAUGACCAUUUUGAGUUGAUUCUUUUUGGUGAAUCAUAAAAAUACAGAGAAACCAGGGAAGACUGGUUCCUGGAUGAAUGACUUUUUUGAGUUGAUUCUUUUUAGUUAAUCAGAUCUAUACAGUGCAACCAGUGAUAUCGGUUCCCUGAAUAAAUGACCAUUGAACUGAUACUUUUUGGUGAAUCAAACACAUGCAGCUUAUUGCAAAUAACAGUAAAAUUUAUAACAGCGUAGUUACGACAAUUGUUCAUAUGACAACGUCUUAAAAGACACGAGUUUUGUCAUUUUAUAUCAGUUUUUUUUUUAUUAAUUUAAUAUACAAGGCUGAACACAAUUUUCGUAGUAAUUGUAAACUUAUAUUUAUUUAUUCUACAAAUUAUUUGAUUUGUUUAAUGGAAAUAAAUUUCUUUUUUACAAAAAAAAAAAAAAAAAAAGAAAGAAAGAAAGAAAGAAAGGUUUUGGAAGCCAGUGAUAGAAACAUCCCACAUCAAACUCUGGAUGGAACACAGCAUUGAUCUAGUCCCAAUGCACCCACCCGCCACAAAUUUUAAUCUAACGUAUCGUUCUUUAAUCAGGUCAGUGUGCCAUAAUAAUUAACCCUAUCCAGUACUAAUGCUUAUAAGGGAGCACAGGGUAUGAUUCACAUUUUCUGUUAUUAAAAGAACCCGUGUUCAUUUAAUCUGAAAUUAAACUCUUCCUAUCGUAUCUAAACUGACGUCAUUAUCCAAGGUCAGUGUUGAAGGGUCAGACAGGGAGAGCUGUAGUAGAGAUGCAUGCAGUGAAAUAAUGAAGCUUCACAAUUUCUCACUCUCAUCGCUGUCCAUUAAUAUCUUACUGUUCUCUAUAUAUUGUUUUCAAAACUAUGUACUUUUUGUUGUUGUUUCUCUUUUCUUUUUCUUUUUUCUUUUUUUAAAUUUCGAGGAAUGCGGCUUGCUACAAGCUUUCAGCUGGCUAGGCUCUCACGGGGAACAUGGAAAGGGAAAAGCUUUCUCAGUGUCAGCUCUUUAUAAAUGCAUUUUGGUUCUGCUUUUUAUUAAAAAAUCCCUCUUUGAUUCAAA